AUGUCGGCUAGUAGUGAAAUGCAAAUUCGUCGUACAGCGACUUCUCCACGUUCAACUGCAUCUUCAAAAUUAACACCAUCAUCCUUAUCACCAAAUAAUGAUAGCCGACAUGUUGAACCUAUUUUAUACAGUGAAGUAGCUGUUCGUUUCAAUGAAAAUAGUCUUGAACAAUGUCGAACAUCUGUUAGUGCUUUAUCCGGUUGCGUCGCUGGUAUUCUUGGUUUAACAUCCUAUAAAGGAUUUCUUUUUUAUGGAUUUUCAAUGCUUUUUCUUUCUUUUCUUAUAUAUAUGUAUAUUAGAAAUGAAUAUCGAAAAUUUUUUACUAGUUUAAAUCAUGUUUUUAUUAAUGGAUUUUUUAAUGGUUUACUUACCUACGUACUCUUUUGGACAUUUCUUUAUGGAAUGGUUCAUGUAUAUUAA